CUCUGGUGGCACCACUGUACUACCUCCUAAACCCGUGUUUGAGUCUUAUCUUAGCACACAAGGAAAACAUCCGGAGUUGUUAAUGUGUGUUAGUGUAGCCCGGGAGUGUACAGCUCCUGGGUCGUCAUAGCUUGUGCAGUGGGAAGCAAGUGACUGCAGAUUCAGUAUUUACUGUUGUGACAGAAAUAACCCUUUAUGGUAGACAUCAGUAAAAGAAGCCAUUAUGUACAUGUGCUGGAACAAAGUGAUCAUUGUCUGUUGCCUGAUGACAGCUGUACUGGGGGCUUUGCAAGAGACCCAUCAGUAUAUAGGCAGUAAUAUUACAAAUAGUUGCUCAGACAUCAUUUUCAAGGACGGGAAUUGUACAUCUGACCUUAUAUAUGUGUUAAUCAAUAAGACGUCACCAUGUAUCUUUAACUGCACAUACAAUAUUUUUCAGAAUAACCCACAUAUUGUGCGUCUAGAAGUUACACUUCGAUAUAAGCAUCCUAUGAAACAUCCUACAUUUGUCUCUGCCCAGCAGUCAUUUUACCUAAAUUCUUGGACCUUGCCAAUCAUGUUCCCUGUUCAUGGAGAUAAGAAGGAGGAGAAUGUGUCACUGACUGUAACUCCUGUAUCAGCAUGGUAUAAACUAUAUCAGUGGGAUGAAGAAGAAACAUCAGUAUUGGUCACAGCAGAGAGUUCAAAACCAUCUAGUAAAUAUGUGUGUGGCAUCCUAGGCUUGCAGAAUGCCAAGUGCCCUGUGGAUACCGAUGUGUCUGGACUUCGAUCUGGUCGUGGAAGAUACCAGACUUUCACAACUCGGGCUGGAAUGAUCGCACGGAAGGAAGAUUUCCCUGAUGGUAUACAUGUUGUUAUCUUCUCCCUACCAGAUGAUGGACCAUGUUCUUUAAAUAUUGGAAGUGAAAGCAACAAGACAGCUCGGACGAAGACUGUAGUGUUGCAGUUAUUCACUCAUGCUACAAUAUGGUCCACCUGGUAUAUCUUCUUCUUGACUGCUGUUGUUUUGGCCAUGUUAGUGUCUCUCCUCACAAAAGGUGCUUUGAUGAUUAUAGAAAGAACUCUGGCAUCUGGAGACGAUGAUGAUGAUGAUGAGAUAGGCUCGAUGAAUUCUGCGAUUACUGAUGGCUUUAAGGGGGGUAGCCUUCGAGUAGAAGAGGCUUUCUUGAUUGGACCUGCUAGUGACAGCAAUCCUAGCAGGCCUCCAAAUUUAGAUACGUUGAGCAGUAUGAGAAUGGAAGACAUGACACCAGAGAAGAAGCAAGGGGAAUUAGGUGAUAUCUCUGAAGGUGUCUUCCUCACUUCCAUCGACCUCCAGUCAUGCAUGCCCACUAAAGUUUGGGUUGAUGCCCCUGGACCUUGCAGUGUCGCAACGGAAGACACUGUCGCAGAUUGGGGUGUCUCUGCAAAGGAAGAAAAUGGUCGUGCGACAUCCUUACUAGUCACCACACCAACCGGGGCUAACAGCAGAGCACAGCUGACGGUGGGACAGCACAACAACGAGCACAGCAGCAAAAGACAUGCUACAGCACAGCAGACAUCUACAGCAGCAGCAGACGAUCUACACCAGCAGAAAGCACGCGGCAAACAUGCUACAACAGCAACAGACAUGCCGCACAACAACAUGCUACACAGCAGCAACAUGCUACAGCAGGAGCAGAAAGAUGCUAAAAAGCACAGGAACGACUACAAAACAGCAGCAGACAUCAAAGCAGCAGCAGACGGUACUACCAGCAAAACCCCGCAGCUGAGGUGGUAA